CCAAACAAUCCGUUAAAUCCGUCGACAGGAGCGUUGGACAAUUCGCACGAAACAACAAUCGGAAAACGGAACAUUCAGUAGGAGAGUUUUUGCCCUUAAACAUGAAAUGAAUAACAUAGAUUUCUGGUGAAAUGGAAUAAGUUUUCGUGUCGUUAUCUAUUUAUCAUAACAUAUGCUACAUUGGAAAAUAUUUCGUUUAGUGUGUCACGGUAAAAUAUUGAUAAAAUUCUGAUUUUUUUUAAGGGAUAUGAAAACGGGCGGAACAAGUAUUGUAAAAAGACUCUGAAGUUGUGAGAUAAUUAUAUUAAUUUCUUGCACGGGUAACCAGAAACAAUUCACGCAUAGAUGGAUAUACCAGAAUUCUCAAGGAUACUUGUUCUGAUUGUCGGUGUUUUUCAACUUCUUCCAACUGGGGAAGCUGGAAGAAACAACAAAACUAAGCAACAGAAAGAACCAACAGACGAACAACGCCUUUACAAAUACUUAAUGUCCAACUAUGACCAUAACACACGACCUGUCUACAAUGCUGCUUAUCCGGUCAACGUGUCCAUUGGAAUAACGCUCACACAAAUCUUCGACGUGGAUGAAAGGAAUCAAGUCAUUUCUACAAAUAUUUGGUUUGAUCAGGAAUGGUAUGACGAGAAGUUAAUAUGGGACCCAGAUGAUUAUAAUGGUCUAAAAGUAUUUCGUAUACCUUGUGCAAGUAUCUGGAGACCCGAUAUUGUGCUUUACAAUAGUGCGGAUGACUACAAUAAUGGAUAUAUGCAAGCCUUAGCAAUGGUUCACUCAAAUGGUCAAGUGUUCUGGCCUCCAAUAGUUAAGUUACGAAGUACAUGUAAUAUAGAUAUAACGUACUUCCCUUUCGAUGACCAAAGAUGCAAGUUGAAAAUGGGUUCAUGGGCUUACGAUGGAUUUCAGGUUGAUCUGUAUGCAAGGGACAAUCCAGUGGAUCUUUCUACAUUUGUCAGCAAUGGCGAAUGGGAGCUUAUCAAAGUGGAAGCCAUAAGGAAUGUUAUAACGUACCCUUGUUGUCCUGAACCAUUUCCAGAUGUCACGUUUUAUAUACACAUUAGACGGAGAACACUUUAUUACACGUACAAUGUUAUUAUACCGUGUGUAAUGUUGUCCACUUUAACCUUAUCCGGUUUCUGGAUGCGACCUGACAGCGGAGAGAAGGUGACAUUGGGACUGACAGUUUUGUUAGCUUUCUCAGUGUUUAUGCUUCUAGUUGCAGAAAAUAUGCCGGCAACUUCAAGUUUCGUCCCUCUUAUAGGUAUUUAUCUAACAACAGUUAUGUCUAUGACGUCAUUGUCAGUGAUAUUGGCAGUUCUGACGUCAAACAUAAAUCACAGAGGUCAAAAGGAGGUCAGUGUACCAAGAUGGCUAGCAGUGAUAUUAACAGGGCUUUCAAAAGUGAUGUGCAUGGACCUUGUAUUUGUAAAUGGGAGAAAUAAACGAUCAGCAGACGAUUGGCAAACGGGGUCAGGGCGCGGCGUACAAAGACCAUAUCAUUACAUCAGCACGGCAGUGUCUGGAGAUUCUGGGUGUUUAAUUGACUACGAAAAUGGAGAUACUCAUGCGCAGUUGCCAAACAAUCAUUCAAAUCACAUGACGCGGCAACAAGGAAACCAACGAGAAGAUAACAAAGACUAUCUUUUAAUUAUACAAAAACUAGAUGAACUGAUAGCUCGUGAGGAGGAAAGGGAUAAAGCUGAUUUAUACAUUAAACAAUGGGUAGAAGUAGCUGAAAUAAUUGAUAGAUUCUUCUUUUGGUUGUUUGUAACGGGCACACUGAUUGCUUCUUUGUUUUUACUGAUUGUCUACCCACUUUUCAAAGAAACGAAAGAAAUAGUACCUCAAGUUACUUAACACGCGGAUAGAAACAUUUGGAUAUAGAAUAUUGGUUACUGUGACAAGAAGAUUUUGGAAUCUGUACAGGUGGUUGUGCCAAUAGUGGCCUUACAUGAAACUGGAAUUUGCUGGACAAAUUCAGCAUGAACUGUAUGUACUGACAAUAGGAGCGUUUGUUGAAUCUCUGUGGAAAGAGAAAGUGUCCUAAUUAGGGUGUAAUUUUUGACUAUCACAACGGGUGCAUGAAAUGCACAACCUUAAGCGGCUACUGUACAUAAAUUGUGUUUGUUUUUGUCAUUAUCCAUUAGUUGUUUUUAGAUGUAUUUCAGAAAGAAAUUCAUUCAUAACAUUUUGUUUUACUUUGUUGAGGUAGAUAGUAUUGGGUAGUUUGGUAUUCUAUAACCUCGCUAUGCAUGUGUGUGAAAUUCUUUAUCUGACGUGUGCAUCCUUCAUGUUUAUAAAGGGUUUUUGGUUUGAUGGAGGCAUACCAACAAUUUACUAUUCACAUAUCAUUAAACAAUUCACUGAUUAGUAUUUAAUUGGUAUAGAGAGAAUCUUCACAUUUGCUUGAUAACUUUCAUAACAAUUCUGUUUAUAUGUUUAUUUCGAGUCUAUAAUUUCUUAUUUGCUAAUCUCCUAGUCUAGAAGACAUUUACUUUAUUUCCUUAUUUCAACAUUUAUGUAGAGUUGAGUGCUCAGUAUUCAUGUUUUGUGUUGUAUGAGGUCACAUUUUUGCCAUGAAACGAAUAAAAUUUAAGAAGUCA